CACAAAGCAAGCCCCAGCGUCGGGCCAGCACCAGCACCAAACAAACUAGCCAGCCAAUCGGCCACCCAUCCCCUCAGCUGAAUAACAAUAAGAUGAUUUCCCGCCCUUCUUUGCUCCACAUUCCGCCACGUGUAACUCCUACGUCCGCUCCCUCCCCGCACCAUUUCUAACACAGCCUCUCUACAAAGCUUCCAUUUCCCAUUCAGCAACCAAACCAUUCACAGUUUCACACAGGACAGUCCCCACUCUCCACUGUCCGUAGCCACUUUCCGGUGCGAGAGCUAGUAGAUAUUUUCUCUCUCUUUCUCUUCGCCUCUUUAGCGGCGUAAAGGCGGUCCUGUGCUCUCGUUUCGGUUGCGGUUCCGUUAUGGAAGCGGCACCACAGCUCGUCUAUGGCGGGAUUGAGCCUCGCUCGUUUGCAUCACUCGCUCGUUUCUCCAGAGCUUCGGUCAAGGUGCCGGCACGGCGGCGAAUCAGCCGCGUUAUGGCAGUCGCGACUGAGCCGAAGCCGGCGCAGAGUGGGAAGGACAAGCCAUCGCCGAAUUCGAACGGCUCCGCGACGUCCGGGCCGGCUAGAAUUCUUGUCAACGGAGCUUCGUCCAAGUCAGCGCCGAAGAGGCCCGUCAAUGGAGCUGCUUCUACUAGGAUGGGAGAGGUUUCGCAGGAGAUCAAGAGAGUGAGAGCGCAGAUGGAAGAGAAUGAACAACUGUCUAUCCUUAUGAAAGGACUUAGAGGCCAGAAUCUGAGGGACGAGCAGUUUGCUGAUAACAGUAUUAAGCUUCGCUUGGUGGAGGUUGACGAAAGCAGCGAAUUUCUGCCCACGGUGUAUGAUCCUGCCACCAUUUCUGCUUACUGGGGAAAACGGCCUCAAGCUGUUGCAACACGCAUUGUUCAGUUGCUCUCGGUGGCUGGAGGUUUCCUAUCUCGCAUUGCUUGGGAUGUGAUUAACAACAAAGUCAACGAGAAUCAAGUGACUAGAGCCAUUGAGUUAAGAGAGAUUGUCACAUCAUUGGGUCCAGCAUACAUCAAACUUGGCCAAGCAUUGAGUAUUCGUCCAGACAUACUGUCACCUGUUGCAAUGACUGAGUUGCAGAAGCUUUGCGACAAGGUUCCUUCAUUUCCAGAUGACAUUGCAAUGGCUCUGCUAGAGGAAGAGCUUGGACAACCGUGGCAGAAUAUCUAUUCUGAACUUUCUUCUUCUCCCAUUGCUGCUGCCUCAUUAGGACAGGUAUAUAAGGGUCGACUAAAAGAAACAGGUGAACUUGUAGCUGUUAAAGUACAGAGACCAUUUGUUCUCGAGACAGUAACAGUCGAUCUUUUCGUCAUAAGGAACUUAGGCUUGUUUCUGCGGAAAUUUCCUCAGAUCUCUGUCGAUGUUGUUGGAUUGGUUGAUGAAUGGGCCGCUCGCUUUUUUGAAGAGCUGGAUUAUGUUAAUGAAGGUGAAAAUGGAACUCUUUUUGCUGAAAUGAUGAGGAAGGACCUUCCGCAGGUUGUUGUGCCAGCGACUUACCUUAAAUAUACUACAAGAAAGGUUCUCACAACACAAUGGAUUGAUGGAGAGAAACUGUCGCAAAGCACUGAAAGUGAUGUUGGGUCAUUGGUCAAUGUUGGAGUCAUAUGUUACUUAAAGCAGUUACUAGAUACUGGAUUUUUCCAUGCUGACCCACAUCCUGGGAAUCUGAUCCGCACACCAGACGGGAAGCUGGCUAUACUUGAUUUUGGUCUUGUCACAAAGCUAACUGAUGACCAGAAAUAUGGGAUGAUUGAAGCUAUCGCUCACCUCAUACAUAGGGAUUAUGAUGCAAUUGUCAAAGAUUUUGUCAAACUUGGGUUUAUUCCUGAAGGGGUUAAUUUGGCACCCAUUUUACCGGUACUGGCUAAGGUUUUUGAUCAGGCACUUGAAGGUGGUGGUGCAAAGAAUCUCAACUUCCAGGAGUUAGCAGCGGAUCUUGCACAAAUAACCUUUGAUUAUCCGUUUAGGAUACCUCCUUAUUUUGCACUGAUAAUCAGGGCAAUCGGGGUGUUGGAAGGCAUCGCUUUGGUGGGAGAUCCUGAAUUUGCCAUUGUAGACGAGGCAUACCCAUACAUUGCACAGAGGCUCCUUACUGAUGAAUCGCCUCGUCUGAAAAGUGCUCUGCGUUACAUGAUUUAUGGGAAAUCGGGUGUAUUUGAUGCCGAAAGAUUCAUUGAUGUCAUGCAAGCCUUUGAGACUUUCAUCACGGCAGCCAAAAGUGGAGGAGGAGCGGAGCUGAACGGGGAUAUGGCAGGACUAGGAAUCAUGCGAACUGAAAGUAUAGUCUCCUCUGCCUCAUUUUUGCCUGCUUUUCCACUAGCAGCGACCCAACAAACUGCCGAACCAAUUCAAACAAGGGCAGCCCUAACCUUUUUGAUUUCGGAGAAGGGAAACUUUUUCAGAGAAUUCCUUCUUGACGAGAUCGUUAAAGGAAUUGACGCUGUGACGAGGGAACAGUUGGUUCAAAUACUGGCACUUGUUGGAUUUGGAAAUGCUCCUCCUGUCUUUAGCAUGGUUCCUAGACCAUUUAGACCAGCAGCUCUUCUCCCGAGCAUAACCGAGGAGGACAAAGUCAUCCUCAACAACGUCCAGAAGGUUGUUGAGUUCCUAACUGCCGGGAGCUCACUCUCAAGCACAUCCACUCAGGGGGGUGCCAACACAGCCCAGAUUGUACGGGAGCUUCUUCCUGUUCUGCCCGGCAUAUCAGCCAGGGUGCUCCCUGAGGUAAUCACAAGGCUCACUUCCAGAGUAGCUGCUCGGAUAAUUCGGGAUGCAUUUUUGUUGCAGUAAUUAGUUCCGAUGUGUACAUAAGUUAGGUAACAUACGAGAUACAUACAAUGAGCAUCAAUUGUACAAUGCCCUGUCUUUGAAGGAAGCGGAUUUGGGAUAACAAAAACAGAUAGAUGCAUUAUAUGUAACCAGAUAGUUGAGCAAGGAGAGAAAGUGACCUCCCAUUCUGUACAUCAUCUGUUCAAGUAAAGUGCCAUUAUUACACGGAUGUACAAACACAUUAUGAUUUACUCAUUCAGAUUGUUUCCAGAACUCAGGAAAUCUGAUCACCUCUGUUUUCACGGGAAUAUUGGUAAUCUCUGCUCUCCAGAGGCAUAUGAGAUGAUGCCCCUCUUCAGUGGUGAAAUAUAGUUCGCGGCAUGAAAGGCAGCAGCACGCAACACAUUAAGAGGCCCGAAAUCAACAGAGUAUAUCUUCUGAAACCCGUCCAGCACAGCCAUCAUUGCAAUGUUUGCUGGUUUCCUUUCUGCUUCAUACUUUCUCAACAGUGAGACCUCCCCAAUGUCCGUUCCUACUGCAACUCCCUCACCAAUGAUUCUGGACAGGGUAAAUGCAUCUCCGAAACCCAAAUUAACUCCUUGGCCAGCUAAAGGAUGAACAGCAUGUGCUGCGUCACCAAUGAGAACAAUGCGUUUUGCCACGUAGUCAUUAGCAUGCAUCAAGGACAGGGGAAAUGCAGCUCUCUUGGAAGCCAACUUCACAACCUUUGGUGGAACCUCAAAAGAUUCAUUGGUCGACAUUGUCAAGUUUCCUCCAAGGAAUGAAAACUUGUUGCUGCCGUUAGAGAAGUUGGACUUGGGAUGAGGGCCGUAUCCAUUAUCCAUAGCUUGAUUUACAGCUUUCACAAACUCAUCCUCAUUCAUCACCGUCAAGUCUGAUGCCUGCUUCGGGCUCAUGGUCCAGACAAUAUUGCUAAAAUUAUCCCCUAUCGGCAAGAGAGCAAUUGGACCACCUGGUAAAAACCUCUGCCAAGCAGUGUGAUUUCCAACAGAAUGUUCAACGGUACAGAUUAUGGCAUUCUGUGAAUAGUUCCACCCAGUAGUUUUAAAUCCUGCUAGGUUCCUGACUUGCGACUUGGCCCCAUCAGCUCCAACCACCAACUUCGUGUACAGGCUGCUGCCAUCGCUCAUUUCUAGCUUUACUAAUCCCGCUUUAAUGUAUGAUGCUUCCCUAGUGUUGUCAUCUGCCUUCACUGAAGAACUUGGAUAUCGAAUCAUUGAAGCCAACCUAGAAGGGUAGAUUGUCUUUUGGACGUCUGUAUCCUGCAAUCUUAUACAUUUGCAUUCAGGAUAUAGACACAUACUGGCCAACCCAGGUAAAGAUUAUUAAGCACAGUUUUAUGGACUUAACAAAGACAAACAGGGAGGACCUAGCAGAAUACACUCCAAAGUAAGAAGGUCCACGUAAAUAUACUAUGAGAUCCAGGAAAGAGAAAUAUGGGGGAACUAGAGGUAACUGGAAGUAGCACCCAUGGACUGUGCAAAUCUCAGAGGAUAAAAUGCAACGAAAUAUUCGGUGAAGUAAAAGCAAUGGGGCAUAUGGAUAAUGUAAAGUGACCAUUAAGCAAGGACAUUACUUCAAUACGCGAUAACAAAGAGCUAUGA